UGGGUCAAAUCUAUUGGGUUCCUGCUAGAAACAUCUCCAACGUCCAAUGUAUUACACUAUUUAAAUCGCCCAAAAUAUUCCCUCUAAAAACCAAACUGAACUUAGAAUCACAAUAUUUAUUCAUAGCAAACCAAAACAUGUCAACUGUAGUUUCCCUUUUUACCCCUCACAUUCCACUUCACAAACCACAAGACCAUUCCAAAGAUACAAGAACCACCACCCUAUCUCCAGAACCAACUUUAAACACCAAACUCACCAAAAGACAUCUAUUAAAAACAGUUGGUAUCAGCUUCAUAGGCAGUGGUGCACUUGAACAUCCUGCAGCAAGAGCCGAAACCGGCUUACCCGAUACCCCGGUUGCAGCCACUUCAAGUAGAAUAUCUUAUUCAAGAUUCUUGGAUUACAUCAAUGAAGGUGUGGUCAAGAAAGUAGACUUGUUUGAGAACGGGUUGGUUGCGAUUGCUGAGAUAGUGAAUCCAGCAUUGGAUAAUAAGGUCCAGAGGGUUAAGGUUCAGUUGCCCGGGUUGCAGCAACAACUGGUGAGGAAAUUAAGAGAGAAAGAAGUGGAUUUUGCAGCUCAUCCAAUGGAAAUGAACAUCACAGCUGCUGUUUUUGAUCUUCUGGCUAACUUUGCUUUUCCGUUGAUAUUACUUGGUGCUUUACUGUUGAGAUCUUCGUCUCCAAACACGCCCGGAGGGCCUAACUUGCCGUUCGGACUAGGAAGGAGCAAAGCCAAGUUCCAAAUGGAACCAAACACAGGUAUAACAUUCGACGACGUAGCUGGUGUCGAUGAAGCAAAACAAGAUUUCGAAGAAGUAGUCGAGUUCCUCAAGACCCCAGAUAAGUUUUCAGCAGUAGGAGCCAAGAUUCCGAAAGGUGUUCUCCUGGUGGGCCCACCAGGAACCGGGAAGACAUUGUUAGCAAAGGCCAUAGCCGGAGAAGCAGGAGUACCGUUCUUUUCACUCUCGGGAUCAGAUUUCGUUGAAAUGUUUGUGGGCGUUGGGGCGUCUAGAGUGCGCGAUUUAUUCAACAAUGCGAAAAAGAACUCCCCUUGUUUGGUUUUUAUCGAUGAGAUUGAUGCGGUUGGAAGACAAAGAGGGACUGGAAUCGGUGGAGGGAAUGAUGAGAGAGAGCAAACAUUAAAUCAACUUCUUACGGAAAUGGAUGGAUUUAGUGGUAACAAUGGAGUCAUUGUUCUUGCUGCUACUAACAGACCCGAGAUUCUUGAUUCGGCUUUGCUUAGACCAGGGCGGUUUGACCGACAGGUAAGUGUUGGUCUGCCUGAUGUGAGAGGAAGAGAAGAAAUACUGAAAGUUCAUAGCAAAAACAAGAAGCUCGACAGAAACGUGUCGUUAAGUGUGAUCGCGAUGCGAACUCCUGGGUUCAGCGGUGCUGAGCUGGCGAAUCUGAUGAACGAAGCGGCUAUUCUUGCGGGCAGAAGAGGGAAGGAUAAGAUUAGUUUGAAAGAGAUUGAUGACUCGAUCGAUAGAAUCAUUGCGGGAAUGGAGGGAACUAAGAUGACAGAUGGAAAGAACAAGAUGUUAGUAGCGUACCAUGAAAUCGGUCAUGCAAUAUGCGCGACUCUGACCCAAGGGCAUGAUCCGGUGCAAAAAGUGACAUUGAUCCCUAGGGGACAAGCGCGCGGUUUAACAUGGUUUACGCCUAAUGAAGAUCCGUCUCUAACGUCUAAGCAGCAGCUUUUCGCUAGAAUAGUAGCUGGUCUAGGAGGUAGAGCAGCCGAAGAAGUUAUUUUUGGUGAACCAGAGAUCACUACUGGUGCAGCAGGGGACUUGCAACAAGUUACCCAAAUAGCAAGACAGAUGGUUACAAGAUUUGGAAUGUCAGAGAUCGGGCCAUGGUCGUUGAUCGAUCCAGCAGUACAGAGCAGCGAUGUGGUGUUAAGAAUGCUAGCAAGAAACUCAAUGUCGGAAAAGCUUGCAGAAGAUAUAGAUACAUCAGUUAAACGUAUAAUCGAUAAUGCGUAUGAGAUAGCAAAAUCACAUAUAAAGAAUAAUAGAGACGCGAUUGAUAGAUUGGUGGAUGUGUUGCUCGAGAAAGAAACCCUAACCGGCGAUGAAUUCAGAGCAACCCUAGCUAUGGUUUCUGAUAUAGAUUUUGCUCGCCAAAACGACAGGGUUCGAGAAUUGGUCAAUGUAUAGAAAGUAGACAGUCUUGUUUUUUUGACAUUGUAGUCUUUGUGGAUAUUGUGUUAUUGUUGAACUUGAACACACUAUAAUUUUAGGGUUUGUUUUUAUUUC